AAAUUGGAUUCAAAUCACACAGAGGAGAUUUUAUCUGCUACUAAAGAUGACUUUAUCACGUUCAGUUCUUGUCUUUAAUUACACAAGAGUACAUGUAAGAUGGCUGUCUCAGAUAAGAGGAGGUCACUUUUAGGGCUGACAUUCACUUGGGGAGGAGACUGUGAGGAAAUGAAAGUGUUCAAGUUCUGAAAUAAAACUGACAGGUUGGACUGAUAAAGGAAGACUUUAGAAGAGUUCACAUCUUCUCUCCAGUUCUCCUCUCAUACGUUUGACAAUCUGUUCACGAUGCAGCUUUAUGGAGCUCUGAUCCUGUUUCUGACUCUGUCUACAGCAUGUGGAUUAAGAUGCUACACAUGUGUAACCACCGACCCUAAAUCCUGCACAGACGUCCUACCUUGUCCUGACAGCUUCAAUCGUUGUUUCUCUCUGAAUUUUAACGGUGUAAUCACAAAGGGCUGCCAAAUCAGUAAUUUAUGUGUAAGCCCCAUGAGUUGCUGUGAAGGGGACUUGUGUAACAAUGCCAUACCUACUGGUCCCAGUGUCAUCCUCCUGCUGGUAUCCUCAGCCAUCAUCACUCUCUUUCUUUGAGGCUCUUCAGCAGCUACAGCUUAAAAUAUGUUGUUAUUUCUAUCCUGCACUUUUUUUUCUCACCCAACUUGUACAACUCAGGAAGAAUAAACAAUUUUUAAUGUAAAAGCUGUAAAUGACAUUGAAAUGACAACAGAUUGAUAUUCCUUCAAUAAAACCACAAUAUGA